GUGUUUCCUUAUAGAGUUGAAGUUAAAUUUAUGGUUGUGAAAGCUGAUCUCUUUUUAAGGGUUUUUUUUAUUAUUGUUUUUUCUUAGUUGACCCAAAUUUGUAUGAAGCAUGAAGGCUCCACCAAAUGGAUUUUUGGCAAAUCCUGCUGAAGGAGAAAGGAAGAGUAUCAAUUCAGAAUUAUGGCAUGCUUGUGCUGGACCACUUGUUUCUUUGCCGCCAGUUGGAAGUUUGGUGGUUUACUUCCCUCAAGGCCAUAGCGAGCAAGUUGCGGCAUCAAUGCAGAAGGAGACUGAUUUCGUUCCAAGCUACCCUAAUCUUCCUUCCAAGUUAAUUUGCAUGCUACAUAAUGUCACAUUGCAUGCUGAUCCGGAAACUGAUGAGGUCUAUGCUCAGAUGACUCUUCAACCUGUAAGCAAAUAUGACAGGGAAGCAUUCCUAGCAUCUGAUAUAGGCCUCAAGCAAAGUAGACAACCUGCUGAGUUCUUCUGCAAAACUCUUACAGCUAGUGACACUAGCACUCAUGGUGGAUUUUCUGUGCCUCGUAGAGCAGCUGAGAAGAUCUUCCCUCCUCUGGAUUUUUCGAUGCAACCACCUGCUCAAGAGCUAGUAGCCAGAGAUUUACAUGAGAAUACAUGGUCAUUUAGACAUAUCUAUCGAGGUCAACCAAAGAGGCACCUUCUAACUACUGGUUGGAGUGUCUUUGUUAGCAACAAAAGACUUUUUGCCGGUGAUUCUGUUCUUUUCAUAAGAGAUGAAAAGUCACAGUUUCUCUUGGGUAUAAGGCGGGCUAAUAGACGGCAGCCAGCUCUCUCUUCAUCGGUUAUUUCUAGUGAUAGCAUGCAUAUUGGGAUCCUUGCUGCUGCGGCUCAUGCUGCUGCAAAUAACAGCCCAUUUACUAUAUUCUACAAUCCAAGGGCAAGUUCUUCUGAGUUUGUGGUACCCUUGGCAAAGUAUAACAAAGCCAUGUAUACCCAAGUUUCUCUUGGCAUGCGGUUUAGAAUGAUGUUUGAAACCGAGGAGUCUGGAGUACGCAGAUACAUGGGUACAAUUACUGGUAUCAGCGACCUGGAUCCUGUGCGAUGGAAGAAUUCACAGUGGCGCAAUCUUCAGGUAGGAUGGGAUGAAUCAACUGCUGGUGAACGGCCUAGCCGAGUUUCAGUUUGGGAUAUUGAGCCUGUUGUAACUCCUUUCUACAUAUGCCCGCCGCCGUUUUUCAGGCCCAGGUUCCCCAAGCUACCAGGGAUGCCAGAUAAUGACGGUGAUGUUGAGAAUGCUUUCAAGAGAGCUAUGCCCUGGCUUGGAGAUGACUUUGGCAUGAAGGACUCACCUAGUUCAGUCUUUCCUGGUUUGAGUUUAGUUCAGUGGAUGAACAUGCAACAAAAUAAUCAGCUGGCAGCUGCUCAAUCAGGACUCUUUCGAAUGGCUUCUUCAAAUCCUUUGCAAAAUAACCUUAGCGCCGACGAUCCUUCCAAAUUAUUGAAUUUUCAAGCUCCAGCAUUACCUGCAUCAAAUUUGCAGUUUAACAAAGCUAAUCCGAACCAAGUCAACCAGCUGCCUCAGGCGCCUAUGACAUGGCCCCAGCAGCAGCAACUCCAGCAGUUAUUGCAGACUCCUCUUAAUCAAAAUCAACAGCAUCUAUCCCAACAGCAGUUGCAGCGACAACAGCCGCCUCAGCCUCAGCCACAGCCACAGCCACCUCUACAGCAGCAGCAGCAGCAACCGCCGCUGGCAAAGCAGCAACAAAGACAACCACCACAGCCGCAGCAGCUGUUGCAACAACAAUUUGUAUCGGCUCAAAUAAAUAAUGGCAUCACUGCCGCAAACCAGAUCCCGAAUCAAAAUUUGCAUCAACAAGGUGCUUAUUCUCAGAAUCAGCAACAACAACCACAAUUACUUAAUAGCCAGUCAACUCAAACCAUCCUUUUGGCUAAUAAGACUUCAUAUCCUUUAACGUCAUUACCUCGAGAGACGCAGAAUCAACAACAGAUGGAACAGCAACCUAACCUUGUACAGAGCCAACAGCAACCUAACCUUGUACAGAGCCAACAGCAACAAAUGCAGUUGCAGCGAAGUCUGUCUAAGAGGACACAGCAGCAGCCGCAGAUUCAUCAUCUGGCUCAGCAGGGCCUAUCUGAGCAGCAGCUUCAUUUACGACCAUUACAGAAUUUGCAGCAACAGCAGCAGCAGUGGUCCCAACAAUUACUCUCACCAACUGGAUCACUGUUGCAGUCUCCAUUGAUGCAGCAACAGCUAAUGCAUCAACAAAACCAAUCAUUACAACAUUUGCCUCUUUCUCAGAGUCCACAAACACUUGGCAGCAAUGGCUUUUCAACAUCAAUGCUCAUGCAACCUCAACAGCCUGUGGUGAGCCAACCUCCAAGUCAGAACAAACCACUUAUGGCUAUGAGAACCCAUUCUGGUCUUACAGAUGGUGAUGCUCCAUCAUGUUCAACCUCACCUUCUACCAAUAAUUGUCAGGUUUCACCAUCAAGCUUUCUAAGCAGAAGUCAGCAAGUACCGCCCAUAUUGGUGACAGAUCCAGUUGUUGAGCCUGCAAGUACACUGGUUCAGGAGCUUCAGAGCAAGCCUGAUGUCCAAAUCAAACAUGAGCUACCUGCUUCUAAAGGUCCAGAACAAUCGAAGUACAAAAGUACUGUGCCAGACCAAUUAGAAGCAUCCUCUUCUGGAACGUCAUAUUGCCUGGAUGCAGGAACCAUCCAGCAUAAUUUCUCCCUCCCCACCUUUCUGGAAGGUGAUGUCCAAUCACAUCCUCAGAACAAUCUUCCAUUUACACCUAAUACUGAUGGACUGGCACUUGACACUUUGUUAUCAAGGGGAUAUGACUCUCAAAAGGAUCUUCAAAACCUGCUUUCUAAUUAUGGUGGCAAUCCAAGAGAUAUUGACACACAGAUAUCCACUGCUGCAAUAAGCUCUCAUUCGUUUGGUGUGCCAAACAUACCUUUCAAGACUGGGUGUUCAAAUGAUGUUGCCAUAAACGAUGCAGGAGUUUUAAACGGCGGAUUGUGGGCCAACCAAACUCAACGUAUGCGAACAUAUACAAAGGUGCAAAAGCGAGGCUCUGUGGGAAGAUCAAUUGAUGUGACUCGCUACAAAGGGUAUGAUGAACUCAGGCAUGAUCUAGCCCGCAUGUUUGGUAUUGAGGGGCAGAUGGAAGAUCCACAAAGUUCUGACUGGAAACUAGUUUAUGUGGAUCACGAAAAUGACAUAUUACUUGUCGGAGAUGAUCCUUGGGAAGAAUUCGUAAGCUGUGUUCAGAGCAUAAAAAUACUGUCAUCCGCAGAAGUACAGCGGAUGAGCUUGGAUGGUGAUCUCGGAAAUGUGGCUGUUCUCAAUCAAGCUUGCAGUGACAUUGAUAGUGGAAAUGCAUGGAGAGGACAUUAUGAUGAUCCCUCAGCUGCCUCUUAACAGAUAAAAGUCUCAAAACUCAAAUGCUAAAACAAAUUGAUCUAUCUUCUGCCUUUGGGCUUUGCCUAGGCUUAUUGAUGAAUUGAAUUUAUGCAUAUUCAGGGAAAAUAUGCUGAUUCAGAUGGUGUUCAAUUUUGAAAACUUGGCAGAGCAUCCUUUUUGACUUGGGAGCAAGUUAUCAUUUUAAUGUAUAAUAUAACCAUAUCUAGAGAUAAUCUGACAUUAUCAGGCAUGCUUUGUACUGGCAAUACACAAUUAGCAUCAAUUUUUGCUCAUGUUGCAGCAGAUACAAUUGGAAAUUUCUUUCAGGUGAAAUGAAUAUAUCCAUG